GUCCAGCUUCCAGCUUCCCACCCGUCCGGAAAUGUACACCUAUUGUCGAGCAUUGCUCUCACAUGCAUUGCAGUCUAUUGCCAUUCUGACUGCAUAAUUGUCAACUUCUCUUCAAUCCAACAUCCUCCUGGCGUGAUCAGGGCAGCAUAGCCAAGAUCGCCGCAAUGGGGAGGACUCAGCAGCCGUACUUGUAUGACGCAGUCCGGAAGGACGAUGAUCGAUUUCCAACAGCUCCAUUUGACCCGAAAGCAGUGACUCGGGCGAGUCACGAGAAAAAGAAGCCGCAACCCAAGCCCGACGGGCCGCUUGUCUCAGUCAACCGCCAUCCCGAGUAUGCCUCUCUUGUUGACAUUCCACUCCAUGACUGAGUUACAUUCUAUCGGCAAUGCAUCUCUUCUUAGAGCAUGACUAACGUCAGCCAUGGACAGUGCUCACAUGGUGCCUAGCGGUCGAUCCA